AUGUGGAAGAAACUGCCCUCACCUGGAUGGUUGGCAUUCGGUACUGUGGUCACCGUUGCGGGUUCCGGUAUCGCUUACGAUAAAUACGAACAAUCACAAAUUAGAUCAUUGUACGUCAACCAUGUUAGAAAUGAAAUGUCUUCCAGUUUGUCCACCAACGUAAAGCCUAGGAAGUUGCUUGUGUUGGUGGCUCCGCCACCAAAUGAUUAUUUGGAUACGUCGUUGAAACUUUGGAGACGCUGGAUCAAACCUAUCCUUCAUUCAAGUGGACUCGAUUAUGAAAUUGUUAGUGGUACCAAGCAGGGCGAAAUUAGAACUGAAAUCGCUUCAAGAGUACGCCAGUUGCGUAAGGAAUUGAUUGAACAGGAGCAGCAGCAACAACAUGAUGCUCAGUCAAAGAAAAGCCGUUCUUGGCUCGAUUGGUUCAAAUGGUGCCGUGGUGUUUCCACUACCCCAGAUCCUGUCUCAGAAGAAAGCCCAGCCGCAUCUUUCGAUACCAGAUCCGUGCUUGGAAUAUUCUACCAUAACGAGCCUCAACCUGUCGUUACGGAGGACUCGCUAUUGGAUCCAUCAGUGGCUGGAGGUGUAAUCUGCGUUGGAAGAGGUGCGUACAAGGAGUACAUUGCUGGUGUACAUGAAGGGAUUUUAGGUCCCUUAGAAGAGCCACCGAAGGUUGUGGAAAGCGAUGCGUCCUCAGUUACCGAUACAACGGCAUCUGCUGUGAUAACUGAAAAUCCAUCUGUAAAGGAAAUCUCAGUCACGCAACCAGCUGAAACAGCAGUUGCGGCAGCAACUGUGGGUACCACGAUGAAUGAGACUGGAGCAGUAAAUACUGAUUCAACUCCUGCCGAGACUAUUCCUGCUGAAACUACCCCUACUGAAAAUACUCCUAUUGAAACUACUCCAGAUGAAUCCUCAGAAGAAAAAGAAGGACCUAAAAUCUCAAAACCAUAUAUUCUUCCGUCUGACUACGCAAAUGCAUCCAUCCCGGCAGAAUUAUCGAAACCCCUCAUAAUAGACCCUAAAACAGGUGCACCUGCAUUCUUCGAACAACCUCUUCUCGUUGUUGCAGUGCCUAACUUAAGUGGAUUCACUACUAUUCCAACUCGUAUUGCAAGAUUCUAUCAGAAAAGAUUCCUUUGUGAACAAGUUUCCCAUUCCACUCUAGCUAUCGUAGAAGCUAAAUCAAGACCGUUCACAACAACGGACCUAGAUUUGAGUGCAUACGAAGAACUAGAUUGGCCGAAGAGUUGGGUUGAAUCAGGUAAAGAACGAGGAAGCGAAUGGGUCCAACCUUUGCAAGGUGACGACAGAGUGCUUCAAAAGUUUCGUGUGGUCGAACCUGCCAUUGUUCCAUCUCUUCAGUUAAAAGAAGACCAAAGUAAGAAGCAGGAGUUAUCGCCUGAAAACAAGUGA